UUGCUCAACUCUAACUACUUUUACAAUUGGUUUAGUCGUCGAAAGGAUUUCAUAUUUGUACACUUUCUCAAAUAUAUAAGCCAGUAUGUCUGAGCGCAAAGUCUUAAACAAAUACUACCCACCGGAUUUUGAUCCAUCAAAGAUUCCACGCAUGAAAUUGCCCAAAAAUCGGCAAUACACAGUUCGACUCAUGGCUCCCUUUAACAUGCGAUGUAAGACUUGCGGUGAGUACAUUUACAAGGGCAAGAAAUUCAACGCCCGCAAGGAAGAUGUUGAAAACGAAACGUACCUGGGAAUACGCAUUUAUAGAUUCUACAUAAAAUGCACACGCUGCCUUCAAGAAAUCUCGUUUAAAACCGAUCCCCAGAAUACUGACUAUGAGAUUGAGGCAGGCGCCACGCGCAAUUUUAUGGCGCUCAAAUUAGCUGAGGAGCAGGCACGUCGUGAAGAGCAAGAGGCACGUGAGGAGGAGGCAAGCAAUCCCAUGAAAUUGCUGGAAAAUCGAACACAGCAGUCACGCAAUGAAAUUGAAAUGCUUGAGAGUCUAGAGGAACUGCGUGACCUAAAUAGACGCCAACAGACCGUGGACUACACAUCUAUGCUUCAGCAGUAUAAUCCUGCCGAAACCGAACGUGAAAGGCAAGAGCGCGAGCAGCGCGAGGAUGAGGCCUUUAUAAAAUCAGUAAUCUUUAAGUCGGGAAGUGGGGCGCGCAUUGUGGCGGAGGAAAUCAUUGAAGAAGUAAAAGACAAGCCCCCAGCAGCUAAGCUGAUUAAGUCUUCGAGUUCCAUCGGUUUUCCUGCAUUAGCUGCAUCCGAUUCGUUGGUAAAACGGAAAACACCUUUGGUUCUUGUAAAACCGAAGUCAGCAUUAAGGACACCAUCGAUAUCUGCCUCUAUACCACCAGCUAUAAAUGAAUCAACACCACCAACGUCGAAAGUACCGGUCGGCCUAGCUUUAAUAGCGGAUUACAGCAAUAGUUCGGAAGAGUCCGACUAAUUUUAAGAAAAUUUUAUAAUGUACAUAUUCGCUUGCUGCUGUAAAAUUGAUAAAUCAACAUUUCUCAUGGUA